AUGUCGUUUCUGCGAAGACCCCAUAAAAAAACCAAAACCGGAUGUCUUUCUUGCAAAAGAAGAAGGUUGAAAUGUGACGAAGAUAAGCCUGAAUGUUUGCGCUGCCGAAAAAGAGGGCUUGUUUGCGUUUAUGGGCCCCAGCCGGGCUUUGAAUCGCAAUCUUUGUGUGAGACGGACAAUUUCAAAAAUCCUUUCGGCGAAAAUGACCCAAUUUCAAAAGCAGGAGACGUGGGUAACGUGCAUUCAUCCGAGCACAGAGGCAACCGCAUGACCUUUUCCGUUCUCGAUGAAGGGAGCUCUUCCAUAUCUUCAGAAAACACUAAUAUCACGCAGCCAAAAAGCAUCAACCCUAGUCCUGUAUCCUCUGUUUCGUCAGGCACAAUGUCGGAACCACACGCGAAGUUUGGGUUUUCAUAUCCCAUCAAAUACUGGAACGGGUGUGAUGAUAUUGAAUCCAAAACAAGAUACAACUUCGUGUCGCCCGAAUUCUUGUCCCCUAAAACCGCUUUUUCACAUCUCGCUGAUUUGGAUAUUCCCCAAGAAAUCUCCAACUACACAUUCUAUAGUGAAUUCUUGCUCAAGCUUCAAUUCCACACGAUGAACACAUUGCCUUUCAGGAUUUGUGAGGAUUCAAUCAAUAGAGACAUGCUGAGCUCGGCAUUUAAGUCCUCGCCGCUCUACGAUUUCUGCUGGCAUUCGUUCAUGGCCGCCAGUUGCCUUGAUCUUUACUUCCAACAAGUGAUGUAUGGUCAUGAUGAUGUUUUGAAUCUCAAUAAGAUCACGUACUUGAAACUUGGAGAUUACCAUUUUACCAAGUCCAUGUAUUCCAUGAGUGAGGAAGUAAAAGUGCAAGAGGACAUUAAGAAAAGCGUUGCGCUCAUGAUCACUGCAAUGCUGCAUAUAUUUUAUGCCACUGGCAGUCCAAAUCAGGAGAUCUGUUCGCGAGGCUAUUUUGGCCUAGGACGAAAUUUGGGGCUGCUUUUCACAGACUAUGUGCUACUCUAUAGAAAUGACCCUUUAUUCAACGACGCAUGUGCACGCUUCUGCAUCAACUCAUGGUCACAAGAUGCAAGCUACUAUUUUCCGGAGUUCCUUUACGACCUUGUUAACGUGGAAUACCCAACGACUAAUGAACCAAACAAAAAAGAAGUACAGGCUUUGGAUCAAGAGGUGCAAGCUCUUAUUGUUGCAAUGAUUGAUAGGCUGAAGAAAGAAUAUAGAGCUCAUGCAAACCUUACUUUGCCUCCAGAACCAAAAAACACACCACGACAUAUUCCGAUUGAAUCCGUCGCUACUGGCGCGCCAUCAACUUCACCUCCUUUUGCUGAAAAAAAGGUUGCAAGAAGUUUCAGACCUUCAUAUGAGCUGGAGUAUGACAUGUAUGGUACUCUGUCGCGUUACAUAGUGGAGGUUCCUGAACGCUAUAUCGAUCUUCUUGACGACGCAGAUCCUCGCGCUUUGAUAAUCACCGCCUAUAAUAUCAUUGCCUUGGCUACCAAAAGAUACAAAUAUUGGCCUGUUUCAGUUUUCAAGAAGGAAAUUGCUGUUAUUGAAGGAAAGCUAGGCAAACUGCAAAAUAGCACUUUGUGGAAGAGUUGGCUCUUUGUUGCAAAGCAGACGCUUGACGGUUUAGAAUCGUUGUAA